AUGGGCAGGAGGAAGAGCGGCGGCGCGCGACUGCAAUGCGCCGAGGCCAAACGGGCGACGGAUUGGAGCUGCUGCUUCCUGGCCCUUCCACCGGCAGCAGCAGCAGCAGCAUCCGGUGCGGAUGGCGAUGGUGGGUUCAACCUCUCGUGGAACCUCCACCAGUCCUUCCACCCGCCCGCCGGCCUCUUCGCCAGCAUGGGCCAGCAGGUUGGGGUUGGCUUCCCGGGGGCUUCGUCUAGGUCCCCGUCGCCGGAGACACCACGGGACCCGUACAUGAAGUACGUCUCGCCGCCGGAGGUUGUUGAGACACCUCUGCCUGGGGAAGGUGUGGUGGCGUUGAAGGACAAGGGGAAGAAGCAGAAAGUCGUGAAGCUCAAGAUUAAGGUUGGGAAUCAUCACUUCAAGAGGCUCAUCAGUGGGGCAAUCGCAGGCACAGUGUCAAGAACUGUUGUUGCGCCUUUGGAGACGAUCAGGACGCAUUUGAUGGUUGGGAGUAAUGGGAAUUCGACGACGGAAGUGUUCCAGUCUAUCAUGAAGCAUGAGGGAUGGACUGGCUUGUUCCGUGGUAACUUUGUUAAUGUCAUCCGGGUAGCCCCAAGCAAGGCAAUUGAGCUUUUUGCCUUUGAUACAGCUAAUAAGUUCUUGACCCCCAAAUCCGGGGAGGAACGGAAGAUCCCAGUCCCUCCUUCACUAGUGGCUGGAGCAUUUGCCGGUGUUAGCUCAACACUGUGUACAUACCCUCUGGAAUUGAUUAAGACACGGUUAACUAUACAGAGAGGUGUGUAUGACAACUUCCUUGACGCAUUUGUCAAAAUCGUCCGCGAUGAAGGGCCUACUGAACUCUACCGAGGCUUAACCCCAAGUCUGAUUGGAGUGGUGCCAUAUGCUGCAACCAACUACUUCGCCUAUGACACCCUGAAGAAGGUGUACAAGAAGGUGUUCAAGACAAAUGAGAUUGACAACAUUCCAACACUGCUCAUCGGGUCUGCUGCAGGAGCUAUCUCAAGCACAGCGACAUUCCCUCUUGAGGUCGCACGGAAGCACAUGCAAGUUGGAGCUGUUGGUGGCAAGAAGGUUUACAAGAACAUGCUCCAUGCCCUCCUGAGCAUUCUUGAGGAUGAAGGGGUUGGGGGCCUGUACAGAGGGUUGGGGCCAAGCUGCAUGAAGUUGAUGCCAGCUGCUGGGAUUUCGUUUAUGUGCUACGAGGCUUGCAAGAAGAUUCUGAUCGAAGAAGAGGACGAGUGA